ACGGGACAGUUGCUUUCUUCAUUGAGUAAUCUAAAUAAUUAAUACGAAGUGGUGUUUUGUGGUUAAUGAUCGCAUUAAGUUAGUCGGAAGACAUUCGCGAGUGUUAUUAUAUUGGAGUAUUCAAUAAACAAAGUGUAUCUGCCUAUUUUCGCUUCGUGUCAGGAAGCCGCUUCAUAACUCAAAAGUUUAUGCGGACUUUUGAGUUAAUUCGUUUGGGGUUCGGAGUAGGAGUCUACUCCGAGGGUGGGGGCUUAGGUUGCAUCAUCAUCACCUUUCAUCAUUUCAUUAAUCAUCAAGAAAAAAAAUACGUCAGACAUGGCUGUAUGGGCAUAGUUCCCUUUGCCUUACCCUUCGGGGAAAACCAAAACAAAAAAAAAAAAAAAAAUCUAUUUACGGAUUUUUCUCAGGAUUUUAAUUAUUUUUAUGAGUUUUAAUAAAUUAAUUAUGAUUUUAUACAUAUAAAUGUGAGGUUGUAAAUUUUAUUUACUAAAAAAGCGAGCUUUUAAGAAAACUGGUUAACACUUGCAGUUUUACUUUUUAUUGUAGUUUUAACUGUGCAAAAUGUUUGGCGAAAAAGUAAUUGAGUUAUUGAAGGAAGCCGAAAGGAAUCCUGACACAAUCGAUCAAUUUAAUGAUGAGCAAAUCCGGCAGAUCAUAGAAGAAAUGCAGAUAUUGUUUAAAUUAAAUAUGAAUGAUGCUAAUGCAACAACAGAGAACAAGUCUCUGUGGACAACAGUGCAGGUGCGACAUUCAGCUUUGGAACGUAACAAGCGCUGUCUCCUUGCCUACUUAUAUAGUAGAAUGAAUAAGAUCAAAACACUACGCUGGGAGUUUGGUUCCGUCUUGCCUCCCGAUGUACGCGAAUUACUCUCAGAUGACGAGUACGAAUGGUUUUCAAAAUACUCUACAAACUUAGCAUCGUACAUGAGAUCACUCGGACAAGAUAUUGGCUACAGUGGAAUAGAUUUGACUGAGAACCUUAAACCUCCAAAGUCAUUAUACAUUGAAGUGCUGUGUAUGGUUGACUAUGGGAAGUUGGAGUUAGAAGACGGUGAUGUGAUCAUGUUAAAGAAGAACAGUAGACAUUUUCUGCCAACGUCAGAGUGCCAAACAUUGAUACGACAGGGUAUAUUGAAACAGAUCCUUUAGCUUUAAGUUAUAGUUUAAAAUAAGCAUGAAAUUGUAUCUUUUAGGAUUAUAUUAUUCUUCUAUGAUGUGGGUUGUGAGGUGGAUUACCAAUCUUAUUCAUCAACUCUGGUGUCAUUGAGCCGCCAAAGGCCCCUGAUAUGGCUCAUGUAGCAAAUACUAACAUACACCAGUAUGUAGCAUCCGGGACCAACGGCUUAACGUGCUUUCCAAAGCGUAGAUCAUCAUACUUUCGGACAAUCACGUGUUCAGCCUGUUUGUCUUAACCAAACUAGGCAUCACAAAGUUAUUUUUGUGAUAUGUCCCCAUCGGGAUAUGAGCCUGGGACCACCAGAUUACUGAUAUGGUCUUGAAUAUCUAAUCUUGUGAAUAUGACUGCUACAAUGUAAAUCACAGUGAUAAUUACAGUUUUGUGGCUUUGAAUGUCAAUUUGAUGGUUAACUCGUUAAUUAUUAUUUGAGAAGGUAUUUGGUUGAUACUGAUUACAUUAUCUUCAAUAUCAGAACUAUUUCAGGGUUUUGUAUAGAAGUAGCUUGAAGUACUAGGAUAGUUUCAAUUUAUAUAAUAAUCAUUGUUAUCUUAACGCCUAGUUGAAAGAUUUUUCGGUACUGCCUAAAUUUAUAAUAUUUGUAUGAUUUGUUUGUGAGUGAUUGAAGAUUGCUUCAUGUAUUCCUGCUAUUGGGGUUAAUUAUUUUUUUAUAAAGGCUGGUGUCCAUCUUACGCUGAAACGCAGCUUUAAUGAGGUGAGAAUUUGCGGAGAAUCUGAUAGGAUACGUGUUUAUAGAUUCUCUUUGCGUACGGCUUCGAUGGGUGCCGCCCUUUAGAUGAUGUUUCGUUUACUUACCGUAUUAAUGCAUCGCAAUGUUGUUCUGAAACAAUGAAAUAAAACAUUAAGUUUUGGUAAAAAA